CCGUCAGUCAGAUUGGUCUGUUGGUCCGAUUUCGACGUGGUAAAUCGAAACUGAAAUCUAUGGGUAAUUCGUUUUCUAACGAAAAUACUCUUUCAGAGAAGGCUCUCCAUGAAUACGUCGAUCUAACGUAUUUAACCAAGAGUGAAAUUCGCCAAAUCUACAAACUCCUCGACGAUUUAGAGCCAGGCAUCCUUAAACAAAAUCUUCAUUAUCGUUUUUCUGUAGAACAAAUUGACAAAAUUCUUCCGCAGAUUCAGUGCAAUCCAUUCCGUGAUGCGAUAUACCGUGUAUUCUCGUCGAGGCAGGACGCACGUUUGAGCUUCGAGGACAUCCUCGACCUCUGCUCGGCAUUCUCCGCGAAUUGUCCGCGGGGCGUUCGGGCUGCAUGGGCUUUUGAAAUUUUCGAUUUCGACGGCGACAAUCAAGUCUCUCUCGACGAUCUGAUCGAAACGGUGCGGAGGCUGGCGGGCUCGGACGAGCGCGGACAGGCCCGAAUCGAUCGGCAACGCGCGGAGAACGUAGCGCGAAUGAUACUGCAGGAAGUGGAGUUUUCUGGUACAGGCAACAUUACGUCACAAGAAUUUGUUAAUGUACUCUCCAGAAUACCAGAUUUUGCACACGCGUUUCAAUUCAAAAUUAAUUAACUUAAUAAAACCUAUCCGAUAUAUGCACGCGAACUCUCCAAAUGUAAUUUCUUUUUAACAAUUCCGUUGCAUAAGGAACGGAAAAAUUAA